CUGUUGUGGAAGAGAAUGCUACGAAGCUGCAGACUAGCUGUAAAAAAAGCCUCCCAAAUUCGCGUUUACUCGAAGAUGAAUUUUCAACUAGGCCUUGCAGCUGCUCCUGUUACACCGCUCGACAAAAAUGGGGAAUUAAAUCUCUCCUUGAUCGGCAGAUAUGUUGAUUUUUUGCUGGAACAAGGCGUUCCAAGCGUCUAUGUAAACGGGUGUACUGGGGAAGGACCAAGUUUUAACGUCCAGGAACGCAAAUUAAUCGCGGAAAAGUGGGUCGAGGAAGGCAGAAAUAAGCUGGAUAAAAUCAUAAUCCAAGUUGGUGGCACAAACAUGAAGGAUUCCCAGGAGCUGGCUAGACAUGCCUCAAGUAUUGGUGCCUCUGCAAUAGCUUCACUUCCGCACUUAUUUUUCAAGUCAGACAUGGCUUCGCUGGUCGAUUAUUGUGCUGAGCUCACCAGUGUUGUACCUGAUAUGCCGUUUAUGUACUACCACAUACCAGGCUACACUGGAGUUAAUAUUAAUAUCGAGAAGUUUUUAGAAGCUGCACAGCACAGAUUGCCCAGCCUGAUUGGACUCAAAUACAGUCACAAUGAUUUAUUUGACGCGACACGAAGCACGCUAGUUGCAGGGGGCAAGUACCUGGUCUCUUUGGGUGCAGAUGAUCUCUUUCUGUCUGGUUUAGUAUUAGGUAUUAAUUCAGCAACUGGAAGUACAUACAACUACUGUGGUAAAUUAAAUGUUGCAAUUAUGGAGGCGUACAAGAACCAGGACAUGGCCGAAGCAAUGAAACUGCAACACAAGGCACUUGAAUAUCUCUGGAUCUUCAACAAGCAUGGAGGGAACAUCGCAGUUACCAGAGCAUUCUUGAUUUUGCUUGGAUUGGAUGUUGGGCCACCGAGAUUGCCAAACAAGCCAUUGAGUGACACGGAUCUGCAAUCACUGAAGAAUGACUUGCAAAAUGCUGGAUUUUUUGACAGCAAAUAAAUUUUGAGUCCAAUUACUUAUGAUGCUUAAAACUUCCUAAUCAACAGUGUUUCAACUUGGAACAAACAACAUAAAUAAUGUCCUAAUUUCAUUGUAACCCCUCUCCCAUGAAUUCUUGCAUUGAUCCUUAGUGUAACAUAGCAUGACACAUGUAAAAUUUAAAUAAAUAUUCAUUUAA